GGUGCCAUUUUUCCUAUUGAAUAAGUUCGGGUUUGGUUUGUUCACUUGUGAAUGAGGUCACCGAACUCACUCGUUGGAAAUUUGGCUUCUGCAUUUUUUAAGGUUUUGACAACCCAUUGUUGCGCUGUCAAAUUGGGCACCUUUGUUGACAUUUAUUCCGCAAACAAUAUAUUAAAUGGCUAUAGGAGAUGCAAAGAACUGGGCAUUGCUCACAAGCUGUUCGAUGAAAUUCCCCACAAAGACACUGUAUCUUGGAACACGUUGAUUGCUGGGUAUGUGAAUUCUGGUAACUUAGUUACUACAUGGAAGAUUUUAAAAGUUAUGAAAAGAUGUGAGUUUGAUGUUGAUGGGUAUACCUUUGAAAGCAUACUCAAGGGUGUGGCUUAUGCAUGUAGAGUUGAUCUUGGCAAACAGGUGCAUUCAAUUGUUGUUAAGACUAGUUAUGAGGAAAAUGUGUAUGCAGGGAGUGCUCUUUCAGAUAUGUACGCCAAGUGUCAAAGAGUUGAGGAUGCACAUAUGGUGUUUGAAUGCACAUCGGAACCUAACUCUGUCUCAUGAAAUGCAUUGAUUGUUGGAUUUUCACAAGCAGGGGAUCAUGGCAUUGUUUUUUGGCUUUUAGAUUGUAUGGAGAAAGAGGGGGUGAGGCUAGAUGAUGGGACGUUUGCUCCGCUUCUCGCACUACUUGAUGAUUUUGUCUUUCAUAUGUCAACAAUGCAAGCUCAUGGCAAAAUUCUCAAAUGCAGUCUGGAAUUUGAAAAUACUAUUUGCAAUGCAUUAAUAACUUUAUAUUCAGGGU